UGCAGUGGAAAAUCUGUAGAAAUGAUGUAAGAGAAAGCAAAGGCAGGGAUUGGAGUAAGAGAUGUAUAACUGAGACUAUAAAAACUUCGAGAGAAAUCUCACCAUCAAGGCUGAGUUUUGGAAGACCUACACAGACAGGAUUCUAUAGUUAGAAUCUCCUCAUUUAUUACAAGAUGCUGGACUGGAGACUGCCUGGUGCACAGAUCAUCCUGGCUCUGACCCUGAUGCUCUGGAGUUCAGGAGAAGUCUUCUCAGUGGACGGAACGACCGAGGCCUUUGAUUCUGGAGUGACAGAUGCACAAUCACCACCCACAGUUAGGGAAGAGAAAUCAGCCACCGACCUGGCAACAAAACUCUUGUUUCUCGAUGAACUGGUUUCUUUGGAGAAUGAUGUGAUUGAAACAAAGAAGAAAAGGAGUUUCUCUGGCUUUGGGGCUCCUAUAGACAGACUCUCAGCUGGCUCUGUGGACCAUAAAAGUAAACAGAGGAAAGCAGUAAGUCAUCCAAAAAGGCGACUGGGCAUUCCCAUGGACCGAAUUGGUAGAAACCGGCUUUCCAAUUCCAGAGGUUAACUGAUUCCAACAGUGAGUACAAUUUGAAUAAGAUGCAGAUUCUUCCUGCAAAAUAUCACGUAAACCAGAAGAUGCUUCAGGGAAGUUCUUCGGACUCUUUCGUGAUUGAACUUUGAAUGAACUGAUUUCUGCAAAUCCUUCUAAAGCUUGAACUUCAGCCCCUCACAACCUAGUAUUGUUUCACUUUUAUUAAAAUGUUGAUCAUUUCAAUGUAUGUAUAUUUUUAAAAUAUAUAUUUAAUUAUUUAGAAAUGGUUACCCUAAAUCAGACUUUUAAAACUA